AUGUCAUCAGACACAAAAGAUAUCAAUACUGCUAGUAUACCGAAAAGGUUGAAAUUUGAUGACGAGAAUAAAUUCCUGAAAGUCACACCUAACCUCUUCACUCCUGAGAGAUUACAUUUAUUCGAUUCAAUAGAUCUUUACACUUCGUUGAUUACGUGUUCAAAAUUUAUUGAACAAGGUGAAAGAUUGCAUAACCUUAGCUGGCGGAUUAUGAACAAAGCCUUAUUAAAAAACCAUAAUAUUAAUCGCUCGAAAAAGAGAGAUGGUGUGAAAAAUAUUUAUUAUGUAUUAAAUCCCGUUAAGAACCCCACUAAUUAUGGAUCGUCAUCAUCUUCUUCUUCAUCAUCGACUGCAAGAGCAAAUAAUACUAUUCAAGUACGAUCCCACACUCAAGUACAACCCCAACAUGCAAUUCAGACUCGACUCCACUCUGAAUCAAAUGAUCGAUCAAAUCGAACAGUACCUACGUCGAACAAAAGUCUUUUUGCUGGCAAUACUACUGCUUUACCGAAAUCGAGAGAGAUAUUAUUAGAGGUAUCUCCUCUACCUAAUUCAGCUUCUACAUCUACAAUAUCAUCAAGAAGAACGAGUAUACAACCGGUUAUGGAAGGAAAUAAGCAGGAAGCAACUAAUGAUAAUACACAUACUUCAACGAGUUCAGCUGAUGUGGCAUCAAUACCAUACAAGUCAUCUACUGGAUUAUUUUCGAAUAUGACUGAAAAGUAUAAAACUACAGUUAAUAAUGAUAUUAGCCAUAACAAUGGUGAUAGUAGUAACACCAACCACAGCAACCAGGGCUCAAAUAAGAUUAUAAAUUUUAAAAUGAGUACUAAUUCUGUACUGAAAAAGGAGAAUCCACAAACUAUUGUUACAGGUUUUGAUACCAAUACAAUCAUCACUAAAAAAGUCGUUUCAAACAAUGAUAGCGAUAAGAUAACUACCAAUAUUACAAAUACUUUGUUCUCAAGAAAAUCACCGAAUUUGAAAAAGCACUCCUUGUUUGCUAAACACUCGGGUACAGAUUUACAGAAGAUAGAUGUUUCAAAAUCAUUAGAUAAAAAUAAUAAUAAAAUAUUCUUUAGUAGUGAAGAUGAAGAAGAUGAUGAUUCAGAUUGGGAUAGUGUUUCAGAAGAUUCCGACCUUUAUGCAGAUGACGAUGAUGAUGGAUUUGAUGAUCUGAAUGAAGAUGAAGAAGAUCAAUAUUAUAGGAAACAGUGGGAUAAAUUGAUAUUCACAAAAAAUAAGAAUAAAAACAAAAAUAAUGAGAAUAGAAAAAAAAUGAAGUCUAAUCAAUCUUCUGUAUCAUCAAAUAACACCGUACGUUCCCAUGAGAGAGUUAGACGAAGCUUAUUGAGCGGUUUGUUUGUAAAUGAAACCAUGGAAAAUCAGAAUAGCAACAAUAUAACUAACAACGAUGAAUCACAGACAACGAAUGAUAACAUACAGAUUACCAAUAAGAAGGAUCAUAGCAACUCAACUUCAUCCAUGUUAUCAUUACAGACCCAAUUAACGCCGAAGCAUAACAACAAUACAAAUACUACAACUCCUGCACCAAUACAUUCUCAAGAUUCUGGGCUUAUAUCUAGAUUGGCCACUUUAGAAACAAGUACGGUAAACGCAUUAGGUUCUGUAUCACCACCAAGGUCAAGCGAUUUAACAAGCACGGUGAAUUUGAUCAAGACGCAACAAGAACAGCAAGAACAGCAAGGUAGAUCAAGAUCGAGGACAAGAACAACAACCAAGAAGACAUCAAGGCCAAGAACAAGAAGGACGGAAAGUUUUAGUAGCAUUGUCUCGGAAGCUACAGGCGAACGAUAUUUACACGAAUCAAAUGCUCCACCAACGGCACAAACUAUCUUACCUACUGCACUAGCUACUCAUAUGUUUUUACCAAAUAAUAUUCAUCAACAACGGAUGGCCGCUAAUAUUGGCGGUAGUAGGUUGACAGCUGCAAGAUUACGAAAACAAGAAGAAAUGACACAACGGGAAGAAAGGAAUGCAGCUGGCGGAGGAAGAGGAAGAGCAGGGGGCAGUAUUAGUGGUAGUAAUGUGAAUAGUAGAAGAGAAUCUAUGGAUAUACCUUCAAAGAGCCGGAAUGCAGGAUUUUUAAAGACAAGAAUGGAAAUUUCAGAAGAGGAGAAAAUUGUUAAGGAUUAUAAUCGACGGAAGCAACAAAAGUGA